UUAAAAAAAAAAAAAAAAAAAGGAGCAACUCUGCUCCCUUGAAAAAGGAAUUGAAUCAAGAAAGGGAAAGAUCAGACUUUGGAAUUGUAGACCAAAGAACAAGGGAAGCUCACUUAGGUUCUUCUCUGUACUCACCUUACAGUUGGUUACUUUUAUAUCUGAGACCCUUCACUUUCUUGCUUUUGCUGCUGCUUUGCCAUUCCCCCUUACAGAUCUUGCUGAUCUUUUUCAGCAGCUAUCAUUUGCCAUCGGAUACUCAAGGCUUAGGUUUGAAAUUCCAAUCUAGAAAGUAGCAUUUAAUACUCUGAUUUUUGGGAAUUGAAGUAUAUUCUUGGGAAUUUAGAAGCCAAUCUAGCACGGUGGAAAAUUAAUCUAAGACAAGCUAUUGUGGACUUCAAUUCAAUUUUACUUUUGAAACCCAAAAGGGGAAUCAGUUGGGGGUUGGUCUUUGAGGAUUCUGUAACUAUGUUGGAUUGUGGCUCUGUGAUUCCAGAGUUGGAAAGAGAAGAAGACUUGAUUGCUGCGGCAAAACACAUUGCAAGGGCAUUGGGAUCUAAAAAGAACCUCACUGAUGAUACCAAGAAAAUUUUGGCAGACCUUAGCACCCAGUUGUCGAACAUAACCACAGUCGGUGAAAGCAAGGUUGAGACACCCAGUGAGAUUGAAGGACAGCUAAAUGUUAUUCAGGAGAAGAUUAUGAGUUGGGAGACAGAUCAGUCAAUGAUAUGGGAUUCCGGUCUUGAUGAAGCCACUCAGUAUCUAAAUGCUGCCGAAGAAGCCAGAAAGUUGGCUGAAAGGUUGGGGACUUUGUCUUUGAACAAAGAUGAUGGGGAAAAGGAGCUGUUGAUGAGGGCACAUGAUAUUCUUCAAAUAGCAAUGGCAAGGCUUGAGGAAGAGUUCAAGUGCAUGCUUGUUCAAAACAGGCAACCUUUUGAGCCAGAGCACGUUUCUUUCCGUUCAAGUGAAGAGGAUGCUACAGAUAUAGGUUCUGUAAUCUCUCUUGGAGAUGGCUCGGUUGAGGAAUCAAUUAAUAGAGAUAGCAUUAGCAGAACUUCAGAGGAAUUCAUCAUUGAUUUGGUUAGUCCAGAAGUAAUUUCUCACCUCAGAAAUAUCGCAAAUUUAAUGUUCAUCUCCAAUUAUGGUCAUGAAUGUUCCCAGGCAUAUAUUGGCGUUAGAAGAGAUGCCUUGGAUGAAUGUCUCUUUAUACUUGAAAUGGAGAAACUGAGCAUUGAGGAUGUACUGAAAUUGGAGUGGGGUAGCUUGAAUUCCAAGAUCAAGAGAUGGGUUCGGACUAUGAAGAUCUUCGUGUCGGUCUAUCUUGCUAGCGAGAAAUGGCUCACUGAACAGAUAUUUGGAGGGCUUGGAACAGUUAAUCUGGUUUGUUUCGCUGAGGCUUCAAAGGCUUCAAUGAUGCAGCUAUUAAAUUUUGGUGAAGCCGUAUCUAUUGGCCCACACAAACCAGAGAAGUUGUUUCCUAUUCUUGAUAUGUAUGAGAUUCUUGCAGAUCUUCUUCAAGAUAUAGAUUCUCUAUACUCAGAUGAGGCCGGUUUUUGUGUUAGAACUGACUGUCGUGAGGUUCUAAGGAGAUUAGGGGACUCCGCGAGGGCAGCAUUUCUUGAAUUUGAGAAUGCCAUUGCAACAAAUGUGUCAUCAAAUCCUUUUGCAGGAGGGGGAAUUCACCAUCUCACUAGGUAUGUUAUGAAUUAUAUCAACACUCUUACUGACUACCAUGAGACCCUCAAUUUUCUCCUAAAGGAUCAUGAUGGAGAGGAUCCUAUUUCAUUGUCCCCUGGCUCAAGUCCACGUACAGAAGAAGAGAACACAAGUGGAAGUACAUUUGAUGCUUCCCCUAUGGCUCUCCACUUCAGAUCUGUUGCUUCAAUUCUAGAAUGCAACCUUGAUGACAAGGCCAAGUUAUACAGGGAUCCUUCCUUGCAACAUAUCUUCUUGAUGAACAACAUACAUUACAUGGCUCAAAAGGUAAAGAAUUCGGAACUUAGGCAUAUAUUUGGCGAUGAUUGGAUACGAAAGCGCAACUGGAAAUUCCAACAGCAUGCGAUGAACUAUGAGAGAGCUACUUGGAGUUCAGUCCUGUCUUUGUUGAAGGAUGAGGGAAAUUCCAAUUCUGAUUCUGUCUCAAAAACCCUUCUCAAGGAGAGGUUUCGGAGCUUUUAUCUUGCUUUUGAGGAGGUUUACAGGACUCAAACAGCAUGGCUCAUCCCUGAUGCUGAGCUUCGAGCAGAUUUGCAAAUUUCAACAUCUGUGAAGGUGAUUCAGGCCUAUCGAACAUUUGUUGGAAGACAGACCAAUCACAUAAGUGACAAGCACAUUAAGUACGGUGCUGAUGACUUACAAAAUUAUUUGUUGGAUCUCUUCACUGGAUCUCAAAGAUCAUUGCACAAUCCCCACAGGAGAUAAUAUAAUAAUAAAAUCAGAUUUACUUUUGUGAUUUAGUGAGGAAAGGCUUUUGGUUUUAUGUCCUCUGCUAAUGUAAUCGUAUUUUCUUCUCCUCUGCACUUGUAAGUUUUAUUUUGAUCAAUAAACAGAUGUUUGUUUCUAUGACAAACCUCAACUAGUCAUUGUAUCUUCUUAAAUCUAAAUGUUAGUUCCAGAAAA